UGUAAAUAUAUUUAUAGCUUUAGUGGUCAAAUGUACACUAAUAAAACUGAGACAUUGUUGUCUGUUAGAUUUGCGGUGAUUCUUAUCUUAGACUAAUCCUUGCUUGUGAUGUGCAGUAUAUUAUGUAUAUUAGUAAAUUAUAUUAUAAGAAACAAAUUUACCAAGCUCUCUAAUUAAGUUCACUUUUACUUCUCUGUUUUUAGACAAUAUUUGUGGACACAAAGAAUGUGACAAUGGAAACCUGUGCAGAGCACAUUGCCCUCAGUGAGCGGAGCAGUGGAGAUCCAUCUUCUACUGAAUCUAAAGAUAUGGUGACCAGCAGAACAGACAGUACCCUAUUCAGCAGCUCUAGAAGUGAAUCCCUUUGGACCAAUGCCCCCAGAAGUGCAUGGGACGUCUACCAGAAGCCCAUAGUCAUUAUGUCUAUUGGGGGAGCCUUUUUGCUCUUGGGAAUUAUACUCACAGUCUUCUACUUUAUAGAUAAAGAUUUGCCCGUCUCCAGGAUGUUUGGACCUGUGGCGCUGUCCAUAGGACUGAUGGUUUUGAUUGUAGGAUUGGUUUGGGUUCCUAUAAUUAGAAAGAAGAGAAAACAGAGAUCAUCCUCACGGCUUUUCAACCAUUAUAGGCAGCUGCUAUUCAAUUUCUGAUUGUGCCAAGGCUAUGGAUAAUAUGUAUGAACAUGGCUGUCAGAAGACCUGAUGUGGAGGAUUAAACCGCUCAGAUGAGCGAUUGGCUAUGGCACAGUUUGCUUGUAGAGAAACAAAUGUCUGACCUAAGAGCCAUCAUACGACAGAUUUCAUCCUAUACCAUCAAAAACAGACAACUUGGCAUGAAAAACCCUGUGAUAUACAAUGACAUUUUAUGUGAUUCAUGUAUUAUCCCUGACCUACAUAAGAUGACCUGUUUAUUGCUGCCUGUAAUUGAAUAUCAAGUUUUUAAUAAAAAAAGGAAGUGAAGAGUAUAA